AUGCUUGAUGUAAUGGAUUUCGUUGAAGGCAGAGUAGUUGAGGAUUUUUGGAACAGUCUGACUGAAACGGAACGUGUGGAGAUUGUCAUCCAAACAGCCUCUAUACUCAAUACUCUGCAGUCCGCUCCGGUGCCCCAGGAUCCAGGACCAGUGGGCUGUAAAAUAUGCUUGGCCCAGGGUUUUUGGUUCAGUAGUAUGGGAGGCAGGCCCUUCAACUUGAAGAAGGACCUGGAAGACUGCACUCUUCCACAAUUUCGCAUCGACAAACUAGUUCUCACAUAUCAGGAUAUUGCUCCCCGAAACCUGAUAUUAGGCCCUGAUGACAAGGUCUGGCUGGUUGAUUGGGGCUAUGCUGGGAGAUAUUCCGAAGGAUCCGAUGCUGCCUCAUUGAGUGUGAGGAGGUAUAGUGCACCACUUUUUACUGAUAUGUUUCUUAAGAUGAAUCCCAAGCAUGUGGGGCUGACGGAGCAGUUGAAGUGAAUAGUGUAUGCUUUGACGACGGGACAAUUUAUUUAUGUUUUGGCAAAUGUUUGACAAAUCGGCAAAUCGGCUGUUGUAUACCCUCCAUAAGCUUUCAAGAGAAAGAUUUUUACCCAGGCAUUAUCUUCGCUUACUACUCGAGCUCAUUGACGAAAGGUCAGUGGUGGACGGAUUCCGUCUCC